AUGGUUCCACAACAGCAGUGGAUACCUGAGGAGCAGGAUAAAUGGCAAAUUCCAGCUUGCUCUUUUUGCCAUAAUCAACUGAUAGGCGUUCCAUCAGCAAAGAAUACCACCGCCAAAGGAGUGAAAAAUCAGGAAACCCUGCAGACCAGUGCAUUGGUCAGCAAGUUUACGGACACGGUCCAGAACCAAGUCCACAAUUUCCUUGCCAAUAGUGUAGUGACCACGUGCAUAGUUGUUAGCAGCAUCCUCUUUUCCAUCACUCCCCAUACAAGUUAUCAAAGACUUACCAACAACUGUCGGCUCCAAGUCUACGAAUACUGCACGAGGGACGUGUUUCCCUGCGCCAGUUUCCAUGAAGAAGGUGUUGAAGGAGUCGUCACUACCUCCCAAGUAUUACCAUUGUAUACAGAAACUGAUGGUUGGAUGCCUAGACGUCUUAAGAACAUCUUCCUUCUUCUCAAAAUAUUCACAAUGGUUCAUGUUGCUCACAGAGAUAUGAAUACCCAAUGCCUAGAGUGCCAAUUGGGAUAUCCAGCCAAUAUUUCAGAUGAAAUAUUCUAUUCUAUUCUGUUCUUAUAUAAGAACCAUAAUAUACAUACCACAAAGGAGUCUUUGAAAGUUUUUAUGUCUGAAAAAAAUUCUUCCAAAGAAUAUUUAGACCUUUCAAAAGCAAAAUAUUCAGAUAAAUCUUCUAAAUCAUUUUUUAAAACAAUCAUAAAUCACAAUAAUGAAAAUUUGGAAAAUAGUACACUGUUCAUUGCUACAAAAGGCGACGAAGUUGAUCUGGAGGAGGAAGAUACUGAACAAGCUGCUCUAGCACACUUCCUGUCAGUACAGUGUCAUCACAUCGCAGAAUGA